UUAGGAUACCUUUAUCUUGUGCGUUAGUGCUUGGUUUAUUAAAAGCGAAGAACGAUCACGAAUGACACUAAUCAGUGUUGAGGAUCGACGUUAAUAAAAUUUAUUUAUUAUUUAAGAUACUUACUUAUUAAGAACUUAUUAAGAUCUUACAAGAAGGAGAAGAAGUGGGAUUGUUAGUGAGAGCCGAGAAAGAAAGAAGGGAUCAUAACUUAUCGUUGGUCGCCAGCUAGCCGCUAGGUGCAAACCGAUUAGUUUUUGACGAGACGUAUUGUCAUGAUGUCGCCCACUGAUCCGCCCAAAGAACUAGCGACAGUGUCGUCAAACAUUAAUAAUGAUAACAAUAGUAACAAUUUGUCAUCUUCCGCGUGCAAUAGCGAACAGUCAUCUUCAAAUGACAAGCCAUUUUUAACAAAAGAAAUAGAAGAACACAUUAACAAGAAACUAAAGAAAUUCGAUUUCGAUGCGAUAAAUACGGAUAAUUACGCGAGAAAAUACAUCGAUAAAAGGCUCAUAAGUUUGUCGAUGCAGCAAAAAACGGUAUUGGAAUCGCGUAUUGAUCUGGAUAAACAGUUUUCUAAACAGUCGGUGAAUUUCCAGACAUGCAAGAAAAUGCUAGAUAGUGUCGUGAAAUUAAAAAAAGAACUGGAACAAAAAGAGAACGAGGGCAAAAAAAAGAUUUAUGAAAUACAAGCAGAACUACAACGAACGAAUCAACAAAUCGAAAAAGAAGAUAAUAAAUUGUCUUUCUUACGUGAGCAAUAUACGCAAAUCAAGAAUGAAACGAUAAAGUUGUGCACAGAUUUGCCAAAAUAUCUCGACGUUAAAACAUCUGACAAACAGUGCGAUACAAAUCACGAGAGUGUUGUGCCUCAUCUUUCGACAUCACAUCCGUCGACGGAGAAUGCACUACCGAACGAUAACGUUGUCGCUAUCUCAUCGUUGUCGAUGCCCGAUCUCAAUGAAUCUAAUGAGUAUCAUACUGAUAGCAUUACUGCCAACUUGGAAAAAAUAUUCGAGGAGCAAGAACUCGUAACUGAUUAUUCUGAUCAAAUUUGUGCUGAAAAUGAAUGAUAUAGUUAUACUAUGGAUACAUUAGACGUUUGACGAGAGCCUUCAAUGCUUUCAAAAUUUAUACAAGCGAUAAAAAUGCAAAGAUGUAUUUGUAUGCAAAAAAUCAAUUUGGAAACUUAACUAUUGCGAUGCGAUGUUCACCACUGAUAAACUGACGGAUUACAAUUACACUAAUGUAUCAUUGUUUUUUUUGUAGCUUUUAAAGACAGCCAAUUCACCGGGACAA